AUCAAAGCUUCUUUGACUGAAGGGAAGACAUCAUGAUGAUGCUAGCUCUGGCUCUUCUGUUCCUGCUCUCUGCCGUUGCCACAGCAACAGAUCCGGCUACUACCUAUAGCCACCAAGACCCAACCACAGGUGAAACCUUAUUAUGUGGCAGUUGUCAACCCGGCACUCAUCGGGUUGCCCACUGCACCGCUACCACGCCCACGCAGUGCGCCCCAUGCAGAGAAAACCACUUCACUGCGUUGUGGAACUACCUGCCCAGGUGUCUGUACUGCAACCACAUAUGCAUUCAGAACCAGGAAGUGGAGACCGAGUGCUCCCCGGUCAGCAACAGGGUCUGUCGGUGCAAACCGGGCUACUACCUGAUGGAUGACUUCUGCGACAAACACUCAGAAUGUGGCCUUGGAUAUGGAGUCCAAACUGCAGGUACUCAUCAGAAGGACACAGUUUGUGAAAAGUGCCCCAGUGGUUAUUUCUCUAACUCAUCCUCUCAGCUGGAUUCAUGCAUGAAACAUCAGGAGUGUGGUAACGGUCAGCUGGUCCUUCUCGCCGGAUCAGCGUACCACGACACUGUGUGUGGAGCCUGUGAAGAUUUUGCAAACGGAGGUGAGACUCUCAGGACUUUCUUCUCAGCUUUCUUUAGUGGAUGGAUGCCAAAAAGAGAUCUGAAACAUUUUGUUAACAGGGUAAUCCACAAGUCAGAAGAAAACAAGUCUGCUUCGAGGCAGAGGGGUUUUCUGGUGGAUCAGAUCCGAGCCUGGCUGGCCCAGGCUUCACCGGUGCAGAUGAAGGUGCUGCCCAAAGCUCUGAAGGAUUCUCAUCUGGGCUCCAUGGCAGAUAAACUAGAGGAAAGACUCGGUGAAAUAAGGCAGCAGAAUCCCACCUGCAGCAUGUAAAGAUGCAAACGUCCAUAAAAAAGUUUAGCUUUUGACCUCCUUGCAGGAUGGUGUGAUAGUUCUCAUCCCUUAGCAAAGCUCCUUUAUAUUUUUAGAGUUUAAAGUUAGCUUUUAUCAACAGGCAAAUAUAUUUCUUACAAGUUAAAAAUUAUGUCUGUCUUUUUAUAGUAUUGUAAGAGUAUUGUAACAGUAUUAUAACAGUACUGUAACAAUAUUUUAACUAUAUUACAACAGUAUUGUAAAGUUAUUUUAAUGGUAUUGUAACAAUAUUU